GGGCGUGACGGAAGGGGUGACGCUGCUGCUGCUGGCCAUCCAGACGGGCCUCCUGGGCCUGCAGCUCCUCCAGAGAACCUACCUGCUCACCAUCAUCCUCUUCAUCGUGGCCACCUCCACGUUGCAGUCCAUGAGCGACAUCGCCGAGCCCUUUCUCUUGGCGCUGGGGGCGUCCCAGAGCAGGAAUUUCUGGAAACACGUCCGUGGGGUGAGCCUCUGCCUGUUUCUCUUGGGGGCUCCCGUCUUCAUGGCCUACAAGAUCGCCCACUUCUUCCAGCUGGACUUCUGGCUACUGAUCCUCAUCUCCAGCUGCCUGUUGACCUCCCUGCAG